UGAGUUAUUAGGCCGGGCGGUGUGCUGGGCCGCGUGGUGCACAUGUGGUGUGUGAGCAGCCCAUAAGGAGUAAUCGCCGGUUAAUCUGAGAAGUGGUUUAGCCUGCAAAUAUGGCUUUGCCGGAUGAGAUUGCCCAAGCCAUUGGAAUUCAGGGUCUAGGGAAUGCUGCAUCUGUAUUGAGCAGACCUGCUGACGAAUUUGGCAAUGAUGCAUCGUUGGAAGCAGCUUGGGCAGUAAAAGCUUCAGAACACGCUGACGUAUACUUCAAUAUUAUCUGUUCUGUGGACCCCAAACUGCUGCGUCUGACGCCGCACGAUGACGAGAUCUACAAACGGUUCCGCGAGCAGUUCCCAGAGCUGCCCGUCCAGAAGCUGACCACCGACCAGAUCAAGAAUGAGGAGGCCAAGAAGGAGUGGCGCGCGUUCUGCAACAGCUUCGAGGGCAAGGUGGAGGACUUCAGCUUCGCCACGCUGCUGCGGCUGGACAGUGGGGACGAGUACUCGCAGGACAACACCGAGGUGGUGCCGCGCGUCCAGUUCUACGCCGUGGAGCUGGCCAGGAACCGCGAGGGACACAACGACAGUGUCAAGCUCAAGUUCAAGCCGCAGCCCCGCGCCAAGGCGGUCGGGUAGUCGAACGCCCGGUCUGUGACGUGAUGAGGGGAGGGGGGGGGGGGAGACAUACUGACCGGAGCACGCGGGCGCAUCGUCUAGCGUGUGCGUGAUGGGGAGGGACGGAGGGAGGGAGAAAAGAAAUGGCGGCGGGUUGCGCGGUGCUUUGCGGCAUAGAAGAACUGCGUCCCCAGUCCUCCGUUGUUUGCAAUCUUGUGCAUUUUCAGCAACGUGUUGAUCGUCCGCCACGGGCUACUGUCGUGUUGGAGCUACUUGUCGAUUGGAAUGUCUUGGCUGCGCAUGUACGAUGUACGUGAUGAUACGUUUUUUCUCGAAAAUGUGCAACAAUGGUCUAAACUACUGCGGAGGCUCUGACUUGAAUAGCAAAAAAGCACGCGAUGCGUAAGUA